CUGACUGCAGCAGCGGCAGCAGUUCGAUGUUUCACCGCAAAGAGGACAAACCAGGACUCUGUGUUUUUGGGACCGAAACAAGGACGUAGAAAGCAGAAAGCAGACGGACUGCCUGGAGGAUAAUCGGAGUGUGCGUCAGUGGCUGGAAUAAGGAGAUACACGCUUUGCAGACUCUUGCAUUUUUUUAUUUUUUUUUUUUUUUUUUGUGUGUCCAACAAAUUGAGUGCUGCAUUGGACCCGGGUGAUUUUGCCAAACAUGGGGUCCCAGAAAUCAGUUCAGCCCCUCCUGCUCCUGCUGCUGAUCCUGAUGCUCCUCAACAGUCUGUCUCAGCUGUGGGCGUUUCCCUUCAGCCCCUCACUGGACCUGGACGUCACUCCCAGAACAACGAUCUUCUAUAAAGGAAUGCUGGGCAGCAACGGUUUCACGGGUUCAUCCCAGAACUACAGCACCCUGCUGCUGGAGGAGGAGGCUGGCCGUCUGUACGUGGGAGGCAGAGGAGCUCUGUAUGCGCUGAACACCUCCAACAUCUCCACAUCUGCAGACCUCGCUAUUGAUUGGAAUGUCACCCCUGAACAGAAGAAGCAGUGUUUAAACAAAGGCAGAAACAAUCAGACAGAAUGUUACAACCACAUCCGCUUUCUGCAGCGAUAUAAUGAAACCCACCUGUACGUCUGUGGAACAAAUGCCUUCAGACCGCUCUGUGCUUAUAUAGACACAGAAAGGUUUAACUUCUCGUCUGGUUUUGAGGAGGGAAGAGACAGAUGUCCCUAUGACCCAGCUAAGGGAUUCACCGGCCUCCUCAUUGACGGUGAGAUGUUCACGGCCUCCCAGUAUGAGUUUCGGAGCUCACCAGACAUCCGCAGAAAUUUCCCCUUCCCCACUCUCAGGACGGAGGAGGCCCCCACCCGCUGGCUUCUCGAGGCAGACUUCGUGGGCUCCGUGCUGCUGAAGGAGAGCAUCAACAGCUCCAUAGGCGACGACGACAAGAUUUACUUCUUCUUCACGGAGAGAAGCCAGGAGCAGAUCGCUUAUCCCAGCCAGACCAAGGUGUCUCGGGUCGCUCGAGUCUGCAAGAAUGACUGGGGUGGUCAGAGGACCCUGCAGCGGAAGUGGACCACCUUCCUUAAGGCCAGAAUGGUGUGUUCUGUCCCAGAAUAUGAGCUGCACCUCAAUAUCCUCCGCGACGUGUUCGUCCUGCAGGCGAGAGACGUGCAAGGCAGCGUUUUUUAUGGCAUCUUCGGUUUGGAAUGGAAGAAUAUCAAAGCGUCUGCCAUCUGCCAGUACGCCUUCUCAGAUGUGCGCAGGGUGUUUGAAGGACCGUACAUGGAGGUGCAGGAUUCGAAGUGGAGGGAAUACACGGGAAAGGUUCCGGUCCCGAGACCUGGAUCGUGUAUAACAGACCUACAUAGGUCCCAGGGCAUCAACUCCUCUCGGGACCUCCCAGACAGCGUCCUGACGUUCGCCAGGAGGCACCCGCUGGUGGCUAAGCAGGUGCACCCCAUAGGCCUGCGGCCACUCCUGUUCAAGAGGAGCGUCAACUAUGUCAAGAUAGCCGUGCACAAGGAGCCGGCGCUGGACGGGAACCUUUACACGGUCUUGUUCCUGGGAACAGACGAUGGGUGGUUGCACAAAGCUGUGGAGGUCGAUGAAGACGUGCACAUCAUAGAGGAGCUGCAGAUGUUCGCCAAGCCGCAGCCAAUAGAGAGCAUGGUGAUAUCUUCAGUCCAGAGGAGCGUCUACGUCGGCUCCCACUCCGGGGUGAUCCAGGUACCGAUGUCGGCGUGUCAGAGAUAUGCUUCUUGUUACGACUGCGUAUUUGCCAGAGACCCCUUCUGUGGCUGGGACGGGAGAUCGUGUGUGGAAAUAUCUUCACAUGCACAGAGGUCGAACCUAACGCAAGACAUCUCUAGAGGAAUCCGAGGCUGUAAGGAGAAUCCAGGAAAUGUGAUCCACCGGAGACGCGCCGUGAUGCUGGGGGACGACGUGUUGCUCCAGUGCGAGCUGCGCUCCAACCUGGCGACUCCGCGCUGGACGCUGAAUGGCAAGGAGCUCCUGGGCUACGGGCUGAAUUCGGGCUACCGCGUCGGCACCGACGGGCUCCUCAUACUGGGCGCUCGCACGCAGCAGGCCGGCUCGUAUCGCUGCUUCGCGGUGGAGAACGGCGUCUCCGUGCUGGUUUACCUCUACACGGUGAAGGUUCACACGGAUCCGUACUUCCCGGUGGAGCCCACGGUCACCACGGAGCCCACUACCGUCUCCAGCCCGGUGGUCCCCUCCACCGUCAGCCCCACCGAGCAGCCCCUGCCGUCGCCGCCAGCGCCGCUGCCGCCGGGGGCCAAUUUCCAGACCUUCCGGCACAUGGAGGCCAUUUAUAUAUCCCUGGUGGCGGUCCUCGGGGGGCUCUGCUUGGUGCUGACCGUGGUGCUGCUGUACGUCAGCUUCUGCACCAGACGGGCAAGCCAGAGGCGCAAGUUCUCCCAUCAAAACCUGCAGGUUCUCGGGGGCUCGGAGAGGAAGAGGAGCUCCCACCUGGAGCUCAAAACCAUCUCCAGCCACUGCAACGGGCGCCACGGCCGACGCUCCAUCUCCAUGUCGACCUUCGGGGACUUCAACGACAGCUUCCUGCAGAUCAUCCCCGGCGAGGACCAGAUGUCGCCGGCCAAAACGCCCCCGCCGGCCCCGCCGCUCCCCAAUCCGCCCCCGCUCCCAAACGUGGACUACGCCAACGGGCUGUCGGCCACGCUGCCCAGCGUGCUGAGGAAGAUGAACGGGAACAGCUACGUGCUGCUGAGGCAGGCCGACCCCGAGGGCAUGUCGCCGCUCUACCACUCCUUCACGGAGGAGCUCAACCGCAUCCUGGAGAAGAGGAAACACACGCAGCUGGACAUGCAUCCUGACGAGAGCUCCAUCUAGGACGGCCCGGUCGACAUCGCCAUACAAGUUAUAUUGUCUUUAACCCAACGGCUGACGGGUUUUUUGUUUUUUGGGGGGGUAAAGCGGAAAUGUUGCCCUCACUAUCUAGGCUGCAGGUCUCGUCGCAGCUUGAUUUGAAACAUUGAGCCCCCCCUGCGUCUGGAGAACACGGAGUAGCCCAUGAGUUCCCUUUACGAUGGACCAAAGUGACGAGACGGAUUGCAACAAGUUUAGUAGCUGUGAAGAAUUUGCACUAACAGGAAGCAAAUGGGAGCCGUACGAUGUCACCUCAUUAAACUCUGUGGAGGUUUAGGAAGGAUGCGAGUCACAUUGCAAUGAAUCACUGGAUGUUUUUUUUUUUUUUU